GAACUUCUUCCGGGUCACUGUCGGUAGUCUCAACCUGGGGCGGGAACUUCUUUCCUCUUCGGUGUAACUCAAGGCUGCACCGGCUGAAGGUGCUUGUGAUUUGGUGAUGAGUUCGCAGAAAGGCAACGUGGCUCGCUCCAGGCCACAGAAGCACCAGAAUACGUUCACUUUCAAAAAUGACAAGUUUGAUAAGAGUGUUCAGACCAAGAAAAUUAAUGCAAAACUUCAUGAUGGAGUAUGUCAGCGCUGCAAAGAAGUUCUCGAGUGGCGUGUAAAAUACAGCAAAUACAAACCUCUGUCAAAGCCUAAGAAGUGUGUUAAAUGUUUACAGAAGACAGUAAAGGACUCUUACCACAUAAUAUGUAGACCAUGUGCCUGUGAGCUUGAAGUUUGCGCAAAAUGUGGAAAGAAAGAAGACAUUGUCAUUCCGUUUAAUAAAGAACCAGGAAAUUCAGCAAAUACUGAAAAUCAAGGCUCUAACUGUAGACGAAGCUGCAGAGGGGAGGAAGACAGUGACGAGGAUUUAGACGCUGACGCUGACUCGGAUGGGGAGGAUGGGGACUCUUAGGUGGCCUGACAGCACCGUGUUGGUUGCAGAGUGCUUGGCAGACACAGAGACAUCCAAUGUGGGAGUCUGAAAAGGCUGGUCCAAAUCAGGCAGAGCUGACGCAUGAGCAGUAUAAAUUAUUUAUAACAUUUGAAUAACAGAAACUUUCAGGUUUUCACAAUAAAACUUGAGCUGCAUAUAUAGAAUAUGUAUGGAAACUUCCUGUGGCAUGUUGUACAAUCUAUGGGAAUUGUUUAGAAAAGCAUAUUAUCUAAUGUCAGACUAUCCAGUGUUGAGAAUUGCUGGUUGUACAGAACUAUCUCUUGGAAAAUUAAGAUGAUUAACUCAUAGUGAGUACAUUUUUGUAACCUGACUUCACGUGUGUAACUUCCUUAGCAAAAGCCCCCUUAUAUCUUACAAAGCAAAACCAUUUAUUUUUAUACACAAACACACAUAUAAAAUCAGGUGUAGUGAUUUUCCUUCAAAAAUAUUUUUAUAUAUGCCAUUCCAUUGUUUUUACCUUUUCCAGUUUGGAAAUACAUACUCAGAAAAAAUUGUGUGGAGUAUAUAGUUAAUAACGGGAAAGGAAACUAGCCUUCAUACUCAAUGGAGAUACUCGCAGUGUCAGACGCUCCGGUGAUGCUCUUCCAUGUAAGCUAUUACAUUGCUCUGAGUUCUCACUUUGCUGCCAGUGGUUCUACUUGUGGGUAGUGUAGGUUAGCUUUGUGUGAUUGCUGAAGUGUGUGUCCUGAUGCUUAAAAUCCUAAAGCUAUAGAAAGGUGGUGAGGCAAGACAAUGAACUUUUCCACACUCUCUUCAUCAAUUCUCAAUUUUAAUGUUUUAUUAUGUUUUCUUUGUGACUUAAUCUCCACAUAUGUAUAUAUGACAUGUAUGUAUGUGUAUAUAUGUGCAUAUAUAUUUUCUGAACCAUUGAAAUAAAUGUGAAAC